UUAAUAGUUUGUACAUGUGCAAUAAAAAUGGCGGAAUACUUGGCAUCUAUUUUUGGAACAGAGAAAGACAAGGUGAACUGUGCUUUCUAUCACAAGAUUGGUGCAUGUCGUCAUGGUGACCAGUGUUCACGCCUACACAACAAGCCGACAUUCAGUCAGACUGUUAUGUUGCAGAACUUGUACCAGAAUCCUACGAGAGGAAUAACCACUGUCAGCCCUGAAGAGGAACAGUCACAUUUUGAGGAAUUCUUUGAAGAUGUUUUUAUCGAGUGCGAAGAGAAGUAUGGACCUAUUGAGAAGAUGCACGUGUGCGAUAAUUUGGGUGACCAUUUGAUUGGAAACGUUUACAUUAAAUUUCGAUUUGAAGAAGAUGCCGAGAAAGCAGUUCAGUCCUUAAACAACAGAUGGUUUAAUGCUCAGCCUGUUAGGGCAGAGCUGUCUCCUGUUACUAACUUUAAGGAGGCGUGCUGCCAUCAGUUUGAUGUUGGUCAAUGUGGCAGAGGUGGUUUUUGUAAUUUUUGGCACAUAAAACCUAUCCCACAUAAACUGAGACGGUUUUUAUAUGGUGGACAGAAAUAUGAUUACGAUCAUUGACAUUGAGCUUAUUCUAUCAUAAUGAACUGGUUCCUUCAAGUUGGUGUAAUCUUUUUUCUCCUUUUCAGCCUCUCUCUUUGUAUGUAUUAAACUUUUUAAAAUGAAAAAAA